UUCAGUGACGCAAUGACGUCAUAAGUUGGUUUGUUUAUGUUGAAUUUGUGAGUCGGAAAAGCAUUUUUACCGGUUGAUAUCGAACGUUUUGUUAGCCAAUCUCGUUAAAAAAUCGUGCAAAAUGUUUAAGAAAACCACAAAUUUAUUGACGAAAUUGUCAAGUCUUACUUACUUCGUCACUGUUCGCAGUUAUCCUGCCCCGGUAAAGCGUUUCUACCGUCAAACCGGAAUCAUUACCAGCAAUGGGAAGUACGAGAUCACGUUGGACCAACGCAAGUUAAAAACACCGAAGGGUUCUCCCUUCUUCGUAGAAAGUGAGCCUUUGGCCAUUGCCAUCGCCACCGAAUGGGACGCCCAGAAGGAAGUGAUAGACCGAUCCAAGAUGCAUCUGACAGCUCUCAGCAGUACGGUUAUUGAUAAUCCGAAUAACCUCAAGAAACCGGACUUGGUAAAUUAUUUGGUCAACUAUAUCAACACCGAUGCUGUGCUGUAUCAGUCAAAUGAUGAAAAAGGCUUAAAGGAAUUGCAACAAGCCGAGUGGGAUCCAGUUAUUAAAUGGUUCAAUGAACGGUACGAUGUCAAUCUGGAGGCUACGGACGGGCUGGAAGUGCCAGCAUUUGCACCUGGAACGGCCAUGAACCUGAGCCGAUACUUGUCGUCCUACAACGAGGCAGCCCUCCAUGGGUUUGUUUUUGCGGUUGAUACGAUCAAAUCGUUGAUUCUGACCUGUGCUUGCGUUGACCGAUUUGUGAGUGUCGAAAAGGCCACCCUGCUGGCUCGACUGGAGGAAGAGUACCAAAUAGGGCACUGGAACAGGGUCGAAUGGGCUCACGAUGUGCAACAGCUGGACUCACAAUCCCGACUAGCGGCAGCUGUUUUGUUCGUAUAUUUUAAUUCUAGUAGUGCUUUUGUAAAGCACAAAAUAGCUGGUUAAUAUAUUAGAUAAGUUGAUGAA